GCCUGGCUCAGCCCUGGGCACUCAGACCCAGCUCCCGUCAGAACCAUGGGGUCAGGCAGCAUCUUCCUGCUCCUGGGGCUCCUGGCCGUCUGGGCCGAGCUGCCAGCUGUAGCUGGUCAGGGAGAUAAACGUGACAUUUGCCGACUCCCGCCUGAGCAGGGUCCUUGCAAGGGACGGAUCCCUCGCUACUUCUACAACCCGGCCUCCAGGACGUGUGAAAGCUUCAUCUAUGGUGGCUGCAAGGGCAACAAGAACAACUUUAAGAGGAAGGCAGAGUGUGUGCGUGCCUGCAGGCCUCCUGAGAGACCCGGGGUUUGCCCCAAGACCUCAGGCCCUGGCAUUUGCCUGCAUGGCUGCGACAGCGACUUUGACUGUAAAGAAGGACAGAAGUGCUGCUUUAAUGGCUGUGGCUACAUCUGCAUGACGGUGGCUCCAUCAGGGUCUCCCUAACUCCUGUCUGCCAGGACGAGCUGCCUCAGCCCCACAGGCCAAUUGCCAAGAUCGGAUCAGCCCGAAGACAAAGCCCCGACCCCCAGGGACUCUCCCCCAUCCCCGGUGCUGUUGCCAGGGGAACAGGUCGAGGUUUUCUGGGAUUCCUUCUCUUCCUCAAUAAACAUUUCCUGAUGUCCCAGCA